CGCCAUUCCUUCCCACCAAUAACUCCCUCUCUAUCUCACCAUGCAUCAACCUACUCUGUCUUUCUCUCUGCCUCUGCCUCUGUCUUCCAUCUUUCUCUUAUCUCCUGUUCCCAAGCCCAUACAGCACCUUGUCUCUCAUAUCAUUCAAUUACCACAGUCCACAGUUGAAGGGUGGGGAGGGAAGAGGAAAAACCCAAAAAGCUCUUCUUUCACAUUUUCCAACUCCUACUACUCUAAACUCUUGUCUUUCCCACUCCCUCCUUCCUCUUUAUUACUAGAAGCCACUUCUCUGCUCCUUUUUAUUUCACUACGCCUCCUCUAAACUCUCGUCUCGUCUUUCCCAAUCCCAAAUUGCCAUAAUUCGUUCCAUAUAUGGAGACUGAGCUAGACAAGAGGACUAAUGCAGAGGAGGAAGCAGCAGCAGCAACAGCAGCCAGAGUCUUCCCCUGUCUCUUCUGUUCAAGAAAAUUCUACAGCUCUCAGGCUCUGGGCGGCCACCAAAACGCUCACAAGAAGGAGAGGAACGCAGCCAGGAAGGCCAAAAGAGCAUCAUCGGAAUACGCCACCGCCGCCGCCACGCCAUCCCCGCCUUUGGUUUUCUCUCCGGCAGCCCACCACCUGGGAGUUCCGAUGCUGCAUCACCCAAAUUCCCUCUACAUAACUGCGCAUGCAGCCAGCCUGCAGUGCUGUCCUACGACCACCGCCGCCCACCACCACCAUCGCCAAUUCGCGGGCCGUUUCGGAGCAAAUGGGGGCGGGCCCAGGUUCGACGGCAUGGUGCUUUACGGCGGGAGGCUGCACCGUCAGCAGCAGCAGCAGGAGGAAGACGAACAGAGCUUCGCGAAUUGGCAGAGGAGCAUAAGGUGCAGCAGCGAGGAGAGUAAUUACGAGUUCAAGGGAGAUCAACUGCGUAAUCUGCCAAUCGCUAUCAGUGGCAAUUCGAGUGCCAAGAAGAAGAUUGAGAAUAAGGAUCAAAAGCUUGAUUUGUCGCUCCAUUUGUGAAGAGGGUUUCAAUGGCCGCAAACAUCCGUUUUUUUUUUUUUCACUCUUUUAAAUGAGCUUUUCAACUUUUCUCAUCUUUUUCCAUUUUGUUACUCUGUAGCUCUUCUGCGGGCGUUUAAAGGAUUGGCAGUGGCCUUUUUGGAUUUUCCAUUGCCGACUGAAGUCAGGGAAGUGAAGACUGUUAAACCAGUUUAAAUAAUUAAAUCCCGGUUUAAAGUUUAAUGAUCAGAUCACAGUUUGGAAAGUGAAAACUGUUCAACAAAGAUAUUGUCUAGCGAUAAAAUCAUUAAUUUUAU